AUGUCCGACAUCAUCGUAAUCGGAGCCGGCGUCAUCGGCCUCAGCGCCGCCCUCCGCCUCCAACAAGCCGGCCACAGCGUCACCAUCAUCGCAAAGGACUUCCCCACCCCCUUCGAAGCAGCCGACAAGCGCGCCCUCAUCAACUACACCUCGCAAUGGGGCGGCGCGCACAACCGCUGGGUCCUCCCCACGAAUCCCGCCGAGCAGCGCGAGCACGAGUUUUCGCUCGCGACGUAUCGCCACAUGGAGGCCACGCGGGGCCAGUUCCCGGAGGCGGGCAUUACGUUCAUGAAGGGCAUCGAGUACUUUGAGAAUCCUCCCCCCGUGCAUCGUGAUUUGACGGUGGAGAAGGCGAUCCAGCUCGGUCUCGAGGAGUUCAAGUUGUUGGAGAAGAAGGACUUUCCGGAUGACAAGGUGGCCUGGGGGUGCGAGUACAAGACGUGGUGCGUGAACCCCAUGGUCUACUGCUCGUUUCUUCUUCGCCGGUUCCAUAUGCUCGGGGGCAAAGCCGUGGCCAUGGAAUUUCGGAACUUGAACGAAGCGUUUCUUGUCAAGGCUGUGCCUGGCGUCAAAACGGUUGUCAACUGCUCCGGCCAGGGAUUCAACGACCCAGCCGUGUUUCCCACAAGAGGCCAGACCUGCCUCGUCGCAAACCCCUGUCCCGCCACCGUCACCCGCCAAAACGCAGACGGCUCGUGGUCGUUCUGCGUGCCCCGAAACUUCCACGGCGGCACCAUCAUCGGCGGCACCAAGGAGCCCGACAACUGGGACCCGGAGCCCAGCCCCGAGACUCGCGCCCGUCUGCUCUCCACCUUCGCUGCCACGUAUCCGCCCAUCGUCGCAGAUGGGCCUCUGCAGCCGCUGGGGGACAUUGUUGGACGGAGACCGACUCGUCGUGGAGGGAUUAGGUUGGAGAGAGAGGAGAUUGCUGCUGAUGAGAUCAAGGGAUUGGAGGAUAAUGAGGCGAGAUCGAUUGUGCAUGCGUAUGGCCUCGGUGGGAGGGGCUUUGAACUCUCAUGGGGCGUGGCAGAGGAAGUAUUUGAGCUUGUCAAGCAGCGAGUUUCUAGUCGUCUAUAA